UCCCGGUUUCUCCAGCAUGUCACCUGUAGGACCGACCGUGCCAGCCCGGGAGAACCAGUGAGGAGCCCGGCUGGGAGAACCGGGAAAGCCGACCUCCACCAGCGGCAGAAUACACACCAUGUGGAGGGAAACGAGCCUGCUGCUGCUACUGCUGAGGCUGGAAGCUGCAGUGGCGUCUCAGUGCUGGCAGGGGGCGACCUUCUCCGAGGCGGUGGUGUCCCCGGCGGUGGACAGCAGUGGGAUCCUGCGUGUCCCGGGCGCCGGCACGCUGCCGCAGUGCGUGGCGGCGUGCUGCGAGCUGCCGGGCUACGAGCUGGCCUGGCUGUUCGAGGGACGCUGCUACGUCCUGAGCUGCCAGCGGGGGGACGACUGCCGCCCCCGCCAGCGCCGCGGCGCCGACUCCGUCCUGGCCUUCCUGCGCCGGGCCUCGCCUCAGACUCUGGUGCUGCAGUCCCUGGUGAGAGGAGAGCCGUACGGCGGCCGCUGGGGGCCUCUGUCCCGCUCCUCUGAGGCCCCAGGAGACCUGGAGGCCCUGAAGGACCUCGGGAUGCUGGACGCCGAAUACUCAGAGGAGAGUCAGGAGGAGAAGACCAGGUCAGAGACUGAGGAACCACCUCUGAGGGUGGGAGACAACCUCAACCAAUCAGAGGCAGGGGGCGGGGCUGAGAGGAACAUCGCCGUGACAAGGAACCUCAAAGUUGCCAAGGUCCUCGAACACACCACAGGGAUCCUCAACAUUACAGAGGUCCAUGAACACACCACAGCUCCCACCAUGCCUGCUGCUGUCUCCACCGCUGAGUCUGAGAUGGGAGGGUCAAGCCGUGGUCCGGUGGCCGUGGUGGGUCCAGACCGGGUCGUGUUCCUGCCGGUGGGCAGCGUGACGCUGGACGGCAGCGGUAGCAGCGGCAGCAGCUUCCUGUGGGAGGCGGAGAGCGCUCCUCCAGGCGUACAGCUUCAGGACGCCGACCGGGCUGUCGCCAUGGCGACCGGUCUCCGGGCCGGGCGGUACGUCUUCAGGCUGACGGUGUCCGACCAGCAGGGGGUGACAGACAGCGCCACCAUCAUCAUCAAGGUCCAGGAAGUCCGGACCCCCCCUCCGGUGGCUCACGCCAGCGGCAGCCACACUUUAACGCUGCCCAACAACUCCCUGGUCCUCAGAGGCUCUGUGAGUGACGGGGACCAGGACCUGGUCCACUACCUGUGGACCCGAGACCGCCAGAGUCCAGCAGCCGGGGACGUGCUGUACGGCUCGGAGUCUCAGGCCUGGCUCUACCUGGCCAACCUGGUGGAGGGAACCUACCUGUUCCAACUGCGGGUCAGCGACGCCCGGGGCCGCUCCAGCACCGCCACCGCCACCGUGGAGGUGCGGCCAGAGCCCGGGGGCGGCCAGCAGGUGGAGCUGGAGAUGCUGGUGUCGGUGUCUCAGGUCAGCCUGGCUCAGAGGGACACGGUGGUCCGGCAGCUCGCCGCCCUGCUCCACGUCCUCGACAGCGACGUCCAGGUCCGAGCGCUGCAGGGACACUCGCACCUCAGCACGGUGCUGCGGUUCUCAGUGCGGGGCCCCUCGGGGCCCCUGUCCAGCUCGCUGCUGGUGAACGUGUUGAGGAAGCAGCUGCUGAGAGAGAAGAGCGACUACCUGCUGUUCCGGGUCCUGAGAGUCGACACCGUCCUGUGUCUGCUCCACUGUUCGGGGCGGGGCCAGUGUGAUCCAAUCAGCAAGCAGUGCACCUGCGACCCCUUCUGGACCGAGAACCUGAUCCGCCGUUACCUCGGCGACGGAGAGAGUAACUGUGAGUGGCGGGUCCUGUACGUCAUCCUGAGCAGCUUCGUCAUGGUGGUCUUCAUCCUGUCGCUUGGCUGGACGUUCAUCUGCUGCUGCAAGAGGAGGAGGCAAGCCAAAGGCAGGAGGAAAACCAAAUACACCAUCCUGGACAACAUGGACGAGCAGGAGAAAGUGGAGCUCCGGCCCAAAUUCAGCAUCAAGCAUCGCAGCACCGAGCACAACUCCUGCCUCAUGAUGUCCGAGUCGGAGCUGGACAGCGACCAGGACGGCGUCUUCAGCCGGGACCGGCCGCCGCCCCGCUCCAAGAGCCGGGCCGCUCAGGCUGCCCGCAACGGGAACGCCUUCGGCUGACGCACGGCGGCCCGUGGAGGACUCGGACCCCUGCGUGCACGGCGGAG